AUGUUGCGUGAGCGACACCAGGUGGGUUUAGGCCCUUAUUAUGCGCGUGCUGGAACUGCGCCUCCUUGUCCUGGCCCCUCCCGCACUGUCGUGAGUCAGCGGGGGUCGGGCCUGGCUGCUCCAGUGAUUGGCGUGAAGCCAGACACUUGGUCUUCAUGGCCGAAGUUGUCAGAUGCUAUGCCCCGUGGAGGAGUUGAUUUAGUUGAACAUCAUGCAGUUCAAGGAUCAGGUUCUUCCAGAGUUGGUCCUAUCAUUGGGAUUGGUUCAGGCCGUCAUGCUGAGGAGUUAGAGCUUCAGAAAUGGUGUGAUGCAUGGAUUGCAACUUUGACACCGUUUAUCUCACAGGCUCCUGCAUUUGCGGAACUAGGCUUCUUGGCGCAGUCGUCCUUAGAUCGAGUUCUACAUCAAAAGGCAGCUUCAACUUUGCGCCGCCAUCUGCCAAGUUGGCGGCUUUGGAGUCAAUUUGCGUUACAUCAAAAUUGGCCAGUGUAUGAUCCUCCUUUGAUUGACUUGGUUGCAUUUAUUCAGGCAUUGGUGGCAAACGGCAAGUGUUUAGGUGGUGCAAAGUCUUCCCUUUGUUCUUUGAAGUUUGUUGCAUCCCUCAUGGGGUGGAAAGCUUGGCUCGACACGUUGGCGCACCCAGUGAUUCUAGCUUGGUGUGAGUCACCAGCCACAGGAGUACCUUGUAAAGAAGCUCUUCCCCUUCCCCUUUUUGUGGUUGCUGCCUUUGAAGCGCAAGUCCAUGAAGAUCUAGCUACGUCGGUGACUCAAAAUACGUUGGCUUUAGUUGUCUUUUUGAUGAUGGUAUGGGGCGCUCUGCGUUUUAGUGACAUUCAAAGAAUUGAUGUCAGUUCCAUCUUUCUCGAGCGAGGAGUUGUGCGGGGACGUUGCUAUCGAACAAAAUCUGCUCGGGAUGGUAUGCCCUUUGGUAUAUUGACCCUUGGGCUCUACGCUGCUUGGGAUGAUGGCGUUUUACAACUUUGCAAUGUUAUGCGACAGUGUGAUUUUCUUUUAACUGGCCCUGGGGGUGCACGCGCGAACUUUGCCUAUGCACUAGGUCUUCUUCGCAAACUUUUGGUUUCGGUUGGGGGUGUGUUACCUGAGCAAGCAUGUAACUACACGUUACAUAGCCUUAAGACCACUGGCUUGUCUUGGGCCCUGCAGCUUGAUGUUGAUCACACUCAACGUCGGUUGUGGGGCCAUCAUCGUGGAAGAGAUUCUGGAACAAAGAUGGCGAGCAAAUAUAGCCGCGAUGAUGUGUUGCCAGCUCUGCGGGCUCAGUUGCAUGUGCUACACCAUGUUCGUCAGGGUUGGGUUCCCCUAACACCCCAAGCUAGAGGUUCUUCGCCACCUGCCUCAGAAACAGUGCCUGCGCAGCCGUUGCCAUUGUUAUCUUGGAUACCUAGUGGUUUGCAAGUGCCCGCUUACCAGGUUAGGUGCAAUGCUGACAAUGGUUCAGAAACCGAAGAUGAUUCGGAGUCAAGUUCUUCUUCGUCUAUGUCAAGCGACUCUGACUCUGAUGAGGCUUCUGUGAUUCAGGUUUCGACGCAGCCUUUGACAGCAGGAGUUUUUGUGGUAAAUACUUCCACUUGUUUUUAUCACGCAGCAAUUUGCCUUGGAACUGAUGAAUUUGCUCGAGCUUGCGCUCCACGGCAAGUUCUGCGCCCACCGAGGUGGGAGGUAUGGCAUUCCAGUCCAGCAGAUAGUGAAGAGAUUUAUUUGCCUUGUGCUCAUCCGGCUUGUGCAGCUGCGCUGUGGUAUGCUCAGUGGGGUGCGUCCGUGUGGCGCAGGUUGAGCCGUGGUGUUGAGCUGUGGUAUGCUCAGUGGGGUGCGUCCGAGUGGCGCAGGUUGAGCCGUGGUGUGCUCAGCUCCGAGGAGACUUUUGGUGCAAUUUUGGAUGAAGCACAGAUAGACAUCAAGGCAGCUGCACCCAUGCUUCAGUCUGCAGAAGCCGGGUGUUUGCGCCGGCUUUUGCAUGAGUGCCGCACAAUCUGCGAUGGCCCGCCAAGUGUAGCAGCACAGGCAGCACCUGCCGUACCUGCCAAAGUAUCUUCCAAUCUGUUUGGCUUCGAUGUUGGCCCGCGACUCACAAGUGAUGCUCUGCAAAAAUUGUGGUCGGAUUUCACGAAAAAUUAUCCGGCAGAAGUGAUCGUGGGCGAUACCAGACCUUGCAAGGCGUUGGUUCAGAUGGUCUUUGCGCAAAAAGCGGCCAAUGAGCUCCGUUUCAUUCCAUGGCGGCAGAUUCUCAGUGAAGCGCAAGCGGAUCGCGCCAAACAAGCGGGGAACAAGGAGAAGACCUUUCUUGAUGUGCUGGCUGAUGCUGCGGGACAUGUCAACGCAUUGGAGCAAGACCCGUCGCCUUCUCAUUAUGGUGUUCAGCGUUUGCUUUUAUUACGUUCAGUAGCAUGGGCAUUAGUAGGUUGGUGCCACCUUGGUGCAGGUCGACGAUUGGUGCAGGCAUUCAUGGGGCUGUAUGCCGCUCCUGGUUUGGGGUCACUGGGUCUUCGAUCCCCAACUCUGGCCGAAGCAGAACAUGCAGAUGGCGAAUUGUGUCGUCAACUCAAUGCCUUACUGAGUGAUGGAUUCCAUUUUGAUUCCGCUCUUCAUGAAGUGGUGGUGGUGCGCCACAGCUUGCAAAUGUGGCUGCAACCCAAACCCAAGGUGGUCAAUGCAGAAUCGGUGAUCAGUGCCAAGGGGCCCAAGCGCACCUUGCCGCAGCCGCUUGUUGAUGCCAAGAGUUCGGUGGUGGAUGCGAGCAAUGAUUCUUGCGAGUUGCCUGCGUUGACGCCCCAUGAGGCGGUAGCCCCUUCGCCCCGCGCCGCGCCGGUAUCAAUGGCCGCGUGGUCUGCAUUAGCUGCUUGUUGCGAUGACAAGGAUGCCUUGCUUCCCCCACUUUUGGAGCGCGGUGUACCCACAGGUAUAGUCUCUCCAAUUCCAUUUUCAGGUAUUUGGGAGCCGUCUGAGCCUGCCCCUAACCUUGGUUUAGAUGACCUGUCAAUUCAUUUACAGCCUUGGCGCAGUGGUUUAGACCGUGAAGACCUUACUCUGGAGCUAAUGCUGAAGGAUGUGGCAGCAGGUCAUGCCUAUGAACUGAUUGGAGGGGAGGCGGAAGCGCGACAGCGGUGGGGUGAUCUGGUUGCCGCGGGCAAGUUAGGAAUAGCACAGCCGCCUGGAAAGAAACCACGUCUCAUCGGGGAUGGGACGAUUUCGGGAGCAAACCAUCAUUGUGUCAUUGAGGAGAAGGUGCGCCUACCAACCUUUGAGAGCGUCCAGCGCUUCAUGUCAUUAUCUGGAGUUCCGCUGUCGUGGGAGAAGGUGCGUAUGGGAGGUCUACAGUCGUGGAUUGGUUGGUCUUUUCAUUGGGAUCGUGGCUUUGCGGAACUACCAGACAACAAGCGACAAACCUUGUUAGGAUUGCUCACGGAACUGACAACACCCGGUCGCAAGGGAAUGAUCAGCUGUGUUUUUUACAACUAUUCAAGCCCCACUAUUCAAUGUAACCGAGCCGCAGCAUGGGCUGCCCAGCUUUUCUUGAGGGCAGUGGAAAACCAAGUUCGCAUUCCUUUGCGCGUUUUGGAGCCCGGGCGUGUGCGGAGUGCAGCUGACGCAUUUGCAACAGGACAGCGUGCAGGUGUAGGAGGUUGGUGGGCUGUCUCCGAAGAUGCGCUGCAACAGUCGAAGGUGUUUUGGUUUAGUGAGAUGCUGGACUCGACGUCUUUGCCUUCCUGGUUGUGUGCGAAAGAGACUUUGCAGCAGGAUAUUGCUUCCUUUGAAGGCGUUGCGCAGCUAUGUUUGCUUGUUGGACGGACAGCAGGUCAGGUUCCACCACCUGGUGUGACGCUGCGUUUCCACCAGCUUUGCGACAACAUGGGCACUGCCGCCAGCUUGCGGAAGAAAUUGUCUAUGCAAGUGCCGUUGUGUUAUGUUUUGGAGGCCGUGGGCUUUGAUUGCUGCAGAUUAGGCAUUUGUUUAGACCCCCAGCAUGUGGCUGGUGUUCGAAAUCAAUGGGCCGACAACCUCAGCCGGAAUUGCCUAGAAGGCUUUGAUCCGGGUCGACGCGUUCGACUGAAUGUUCGAGAGUUGUUGGAGGUGGGGCUGCUGCUGGGCUGCCACCCAGCAGUGGUCCCACCUGGAUUCAUCUGCGCAUUGAAAAGUGAGUGCUUGGCCAGACCCAAGAGGGCUGGUGAGGUGGGGCUGCUGCUGGGCUGCCACCCAGCAGUGGUCCCACCUGGAUUCAUCUGCGCAUUGAAAAGUGAGUGCUUGGCCAGAGUUGGGAAAGUGCCGGACUCCAGGCGCAUUGCAGGAGAUCCCUUCUUGCAGGAACACUUGAAAAGCUGGAAGGUGGCUUUGAGUGGAAGCGGAAAGGAGAGGGGACCUGCAAGGCCAUACACCGUGGCCAUCAUGACAUCACUGGAGCUCUUGGUUGUCAAUGAAGAGACCGACUAUUACUUUAGGUUUGUGGGGUGGCUCAUGUUCCUGGCUAGUUGGACUUCACUGCGUGUUGAUGACAUACAAAGCAUUCAGCCGGAGCCCUUGCGUUUGAGCAACAGAGGACUGAGCUUCAAGUUGGCGAGAACGAAAACCACUGGACCAGGAAGAAUUCAUGGUGCUGUGCAUGGUUUUGUUUGCAGAGAGGUCUCCAUUACCGGAGAGGACUGGAUGGUGGUUGGCAUGCUGUCGAUGCAGCGGGAUGACAUGAAGUAUCCCCGAGAUUAUUUGACUCCGGGACCGUCCAAAGAUUUUUCAGGCUUCAUACCCAAGAUUGUGGAACCUCCAGAGUUGGCGAACUAUUUCAGGAUGGUCUUGUCGCGCCUCUGCACCCCACGUUUUGCGGAGGGACGAUGGCAUUUUGCCACGCAAGCUGCAGCUGCGAUUGGUGUUGAGAAAGAGAGGCGUGACUAUUUGGGUCGCUGGGCAAUUGGACGAGUAGGGAGCAAUGCAUAUCUCCACACUUCUAGACAGGUAGUGGAGGCAAUUCAGAGAGAGAUCUUGGAAGCACUCUACAAACAGGUGGGUGCUGGUGGAUAUGAUGAACAAGAGCUCCUUGAAGACAUCAAGGACUUCGCUGACCGACAGGGUUUGGUCGGAUACCGGUUGGUCAGGCGACAUCGCGUCUUGCCCAUUGACAGGUUGGACCCUCGCUUCACCAUUGUGGAAGACACUGAUGCGGAAGUUGAGAAUGAGGAUCGCCACCAACGGAAUUUGGAAGCUGAAUCCGGGACGAUGUCUGGAGCAGCCCAUCCUGAUUCAAAGGAAGGCCCCACAUACUUUGUGACGAUCUCCAGGCGAAACGGAUUCAGGCGCUUGCAUUUGGCAGGAGCCUGCCCGGUGCAAUCAUGGAGGUGUCAAGAGAUGGAACCCGUGACGGACGUGGCGCUGGGGGCUUUCGACGCAGUUUGCUUCCAUUGCAAACGUCGCAUACAGCAGAGCGAGGGCCAGGAGGACCUCGACGAGGACAGUGAGUCAGCUUUGGGUGAUGGUCUGAAGCACAUUUUUGCAGGUAAAGCCACGGGCACACUUCAUGCACGUGCCAGUCCAGUUCUGCGGUAUGUCAUGUGGAGUGACAAAAAGGGCAUUCCUGCUUUUCCUUUGAAUGCAAAGUAUACAGGUUGUGUGGUGGACUUGGAAUCACUUCCUUCCAUGCCUUUUCUUAACAUUGUGAAGACGCAGCAUGACAACAAGGCUUGGGAUUGGUUGCCAUGGAAGAAGGUGUUGAGCGAAAAGGUGGCUUCUGCGCUUAAAGAUAAGAAGCCUGCUCUCGGGCCCCUAGAAGUUUUAUGCGGGGCGAAUGUGGAGGAGCAGUUGGACCGUGAGUUGUCCAAUCAGCCUUUUCCUAUUUUGCAGUUGCUGACAGUGCGUGGGCAUGCGUAUGCCAUGGUUGGGAGCGGGCACUUAGGUAGCUGGACGCUUUACAACAACAGGUUCAUGAAAUUCUAUACUCAGGUGCCAGGACCCCACUUGCGUUUCUGCUCGGCCCAAGAAGCCGAAGAGGCAGACCAAGCUGCAAUGAGAGAAGUCUUCAACUUGUGCUAUGCAGGUUCGAGCAUUGAUGAUGCUUUACAUUCAAUUGCUGUUGACAGGGAUAUGCUCAGGUCUCUCUUGAUGCCUCGUCCAAAGUUGGAAAAGUUGUUCAGCAGAGAGCCAUUGGCGCGGAAGCGCCCAACAGCACCGGCCACAGGUCCAUCAAAACGCUUACGCAAUGGAGAGUGUUUCAAGUGGCGCCUUGGUGAGUGCAAGCUGAAGAACUGCCGGUUCGCGCAUGCUUGUGCAGCGUGCGGAGCCACAGAUCACCAUGCUGAAAUUUGCAAGAAGCAAGCGCAGAUCAUCGGAAUAAAUUCUUCUGAGCAGGAUGCGCCGGCGCAAAUGGUCCAAGUACCAAGCGGUUUGCCACAUAGCCUGGAUGCUUGCGGAUUGUUGCGGCUGAAAGAUGGUGGUGGUAUAGAUUCAACUGCUGACUGGUAUCUUCCCAAGGGUGGAGAUUUGCUUGCGGAACUGCGGAGCCAAUUUUUGGAGUUGGUGUGUGAGUGGCAGCUACUACCACGCCUGCGCUCCCAUGUAGCGCAGGCUAGCCGGGAGCCUUUGCUGUAUGAAGAUGAAGUUCAGUGUGUGGGGCAACGCUUAGCGGACUUUCUGAUGAGCAAAGGCUUCGAAUUCCCUUGCAAGGUAGAGGUGCCGCCGGGUCAGCCACUAACUUUGGACCUGUGGCGUGCGCUUUUGCUGUUCUGCGACGACAUCGAUGUGAAAUUGCCUGGCAUUUUACGUGAGGGCGUGCCCACAGGCAUUUUGGAAGAUGUUUUACCUUCAGGGGUGUGGCGUGCAGUAGACAAACCUGUGCGCCCUGAAGGCGUGGAACUGGAGAUCUUAGAUGAGCCCUGGGGCUCAGCGUUGGAAGAUCCAGACUGCGUAAUGCGACUAGUGCAAGCAGAUGUGGAAGCCGGGUUUGCUGACUGGAUUCCUGGCGGUGUGGAGGAGGCCCGGCGCCUCUUUGGGGCCAAUUGUGCGGCCGGCAAGUUGGGCUUAGUCAAGAAAGCUGGCUCGGAGCCAAGGUUAGUGGGUGACAGCAGCAUCAGUUGCGCCAAUCAGCUAUCUCGCAUCCGGGAGAAGAUUGAGCUCCCAAGUUUGUUUGAUGUGGAGCAGUUUGUGUCGCGGCACCCCAGUGACAGGACACAGAGGUUGGCUUGCAUCGUGGUGAAAGUCAAACGCCAAACCCUUGCUGGAACGGCUGUGGAAGUGCGGGUUGCCACAAGUGGUGUGAGCUGGAAGGGCCUUGGAUCACCAUUUUGCCAAGAAGAGAAGAUGCUGUAUCAAUACGUUUGUCAUUUGCGGCAGUCUCAAGCAGGUCCAACAACACCCUCUCAAUUCCUGGAGGCUAUGAGGUUUUCUGACGCUUUGCUGGGCUUCACACAGGUGCGUUUGUCAGACAUGCUGAGUGCUCGAGUUGUCGGAGCUGCUCAUGCCACAUACAUGACUAAGAGAGUGAGGAGACCUGCCGAAGUUUUGACUGUUGCCGAAGUUUCAGCCUUGGAAGACAUUUGUUUGAAUGACGCAGAGCUUCAUCGAAGGGUAAUCGCUGGGCACUUACUUUUCAGUUUUACUGCUGCAGCACGAUGGCAUGAUUCAAUGUUUGUGGUGUCACUGGACUUGUCGACUGCUGGCAGCAUAGUCCUCCUGGAGGCCCUGACAUCGAAACAUAAAUCGUCUCGAGGCAAAGAACAGCAGAUGGAAUUACUGCCUUUCACUGCCCUGGGAAAAGUGACUGAUGAAGGCAACUGGGGACAAAGCUGGAUGGAUGCACGACAGCGAUGCGAUGCAAGUGGCUGGAGCAAUUUCUUGAACUCAUGGUCAGAAAGUGCUCAUUGCUGGGUUGAUUCUAGGAUGUCGACUGCUGAAGCUACAGGUUGGUUGAGAGAACUUUUGGAGCCUCUUACAGGUUCUACGCGGGCUAGGCUGCUUACAGUUCACGGCCUCAAGGCCACAAUUCUCAGCUGGGCAGCCAAGAGCACAUUGUUUUCAGCAGACGAACAACUGGCUUUGGGACACCAUGUAAGUGCACAGUAUCGUUCGGCCAUGAUCUACUCGAGGGACAACCAGAUCAGCCUUUGUAAAAAGUUGCAUGACAUGUUCACCAAGAUCAGAGAUGGCACUUUUGACCCUGAUGCAACUCGAGUCAGUCGCUUGUUUCAGCUGGCAUAUGCGACAAUGUUGGAAAGCAAUGGUGAUGAGAGCUCCAGCGAUUCGAGCUCUACGUCUGAUGCUUCAUCGGUGGCUUCCUCAGAGGGUGGGCACAACGUUGUGGCGCAGAGACCAGCGUACCAACGACUGGAGACUGACGAAGUGGAGCUGAGUUUGAAUGCAACCAUGGAUGACCUCAAUGCAACGGAAGCAGUGAUCUGUGCCAACUGUUCUCAUGCUUACAAGGCUUCAGAUAAUCAGUCAUGA